AUGGACCACCCCAUCACGAUCUCCGAGUCUUCUCUUCCCAUCACCAUCUCGUCGAUGCACUCCCACAACAACCCCCAUCUCUACUCUGCCUGGACAUCCCCAUUCCUCGCAAACCGCCAACUCAAAUACUUCUUUGCUGAAAUGCAGACCCAACAAUACAACCGCACCCUCAACCGCCUACACCAAAUCCUACGCAAAGCAGGUGACAAGAGCAAAUUGUGGAUGUCUUCGUUUGUAUUGAUGCUCGGCAUCGCCAUCGUGCUUGAGAAUUGCCAGCAUCUACUUUGGAUCAAGGCCGAUGCCAAGGUCGCCAGAAAGGAAACUACAGCAGUGGAUGCGGCUUGGGAAGCCCGCAACCACUGCCAGGAAAUGGAUGACGGCUUUGAGUUUCUGUGUAAGCUGUAUCAUUGCAAGUAUCGUGGCAAGCAUCGUCAGAAAACCAGAUACGAGGAGUUGAAAAACAAGACGAGUAGGCCUGCGGAACAGGCCUUUGCGGACAGGAUCUAUGAGAUUGUUGACAGAAAUGGUGAGUCCCCAAGUUUCUUGUUUCUUGUCCACGUCGGUGGAAAAAUAAGGACCCCUAGGCUAAUUUGA